AUGUGUGACGACGACGUUGCAGCACUUGUUAUCGACAAUGGCAGUGGUAUGUGUAAGGCUGGCUUCGCCGGUGACGAUGCUCCACGAGCUGUUUUUCCAUCUAUUGUCGGACGACCACGUCACCAAGGUGUCAUGGUUGGUAUGGGACAAAAGGACUCGUAUGUCGGUGAUGAAGCACAAUCGAAACGUGGUAUUCUCACUCUCAAAUAUCCCAUCGAACACGGUAUUGUCACUAACUGGGAUGAUAUGGAAAAGAUUUGGCAUCACACUUUCUACAAUGAACUUCGUGUUGCACCCGAAGANUUGGUUCUUUGA